AUCGUGUUGAAAAUGUAUAAAAUGUAUUGUGUUAUUUUUAGUGCUUUUAUAAUAGUUUCUACAUCACGUUAUACUUUUAAUGAAAAAAGGAAUGUUGUUAAAAUUUCGAGUGGGUUAUUAAAUGGCAAAUUAAUGAGGACUUACAACCAACGCAUCGAAUAUUUAGCUUUUUUAAAAGUGCCAUUCGCUAAAGCUCCCAUUGGAAAUCUUCGGUUUAAACCUCCACAAUUUAUUGAUAAUUGGAAAGGAAUUUACGAUUCCACAAAAGAAGGUGAUGCAUGUUUACAAAUGGGAAAAAAUGAUACUUUAAUUGGGAGUGAAGAUUGUUUAUAUAUGCGAGUUUAUACCCCAAAGCGCAGAAAAAAUAAUGAACUUCUCCCGGUUAUGUAUUAUGUCCAUGGUGGUGGUUUUAAAGAAGGAUCUCCUAAUUUCAAGGAAUACGGCCCAGAUAUUUUUAUGGAAAAAUCCGUAGUUUUAGCACUUGUCCAAUAUAGAUUAAGUGUUUAUGGUUUCUUAAGUACUGAAGAUUUGAAUUGUCCGGGAAAUAAUGGAAAUAAAGAUCAACGUUUAGGAUUAAAAUGGAUUAAACAAAACGCCAAAGCUUUCGGUGGUGAUCCAGAACGAAUCACUAUAUUUGGACACAGCGCCGGAUCGGCCUCUAUAGGAAUUUUAGUUAACACACCAACGACAAAAGGCGAUUAUAGAGCUGCUAUUCAACAAAGUGCAUCUGAUAUUGCAAGCUUCCUCCAACAAGUAAAUGCAAGGAAGAGAGCGUUAAAAAUAGGAGAAGAAUUUGGGAUAAUUACAAAUAAUACUAACGAAUUAAUUGAGAAACUUCAAAAAAUUGAUUCUAAAGAGCUCUACAAAAAAGCUUUAGAUAUAGGAAAUAAAGUUCCUACAGCGAAAGGAAGUUUGGUUUUUACAACAAUUAUAGAGUCUGAUCAUCCUGAUGCAAUAAUUACUCGUAAACCUCUACAACAAUUAGAAAAAGGCGAAUAUAAUCGUGUACCAAUAAUGCUUGGAUUUACUUCAUUAGAAGCUCUAACAUUAAUGGAUUUUGUUGAUCAAAUUGCAUCAAAAGUAAAAACAGAUAGCACCGUUUUAAUUCCUAAUACGUUAUAUCCUAAAGAUAAUGCAACCGAAUUAAAAUUAGGCGAAACAAUUAAACAGUAUUAUUAUAAAGGAAAUGAUUUUAAUUAUUCAACUCUUCGUUAUACCAGUGAUAAUGUUAUAGUCAGACCCGUUCUAAAGAAAGCUCAUCUAAUAUCUAGAUAUACACCAACUUAUUUCUAUAAAUUUUCUUAUAUCGGAUAUUUAGGAGAUCCGCUUAACCCAAAUAGAAGAGGUGUAGGACAUGCGGAAGAACUGAAUUAUCUCUAUCGUAAUAGUAAUGAACCUAAAAAUAUCCCUGAAGGUGAUGCUAAAAUUCGAGAACAAUUAGUUACUAUGUGGACAAAUUUUGCUACUACUUUAAAUCCUACUCCAAAAGAAAUUAAUUUAUUGGAUAAUAUAAUAUGGCCACAAUAUAAAAAGGAAACUCAAUACAAAGCUUUAUCUAUAGACACAAAACUUACAAUAAGAGAAAAAAUUAAUGAAACUGAUUACUUAUUUUGGGAAAAAAUGUUUAGUUAUGAUACAAAACAUGUUGGAUAUUUCUAA